AUGAAUUCUGAAAAGAAAAGGUCAUCGAAUUUUUCUGGAUACGAAAUUAAUAGCCUUAUGAAACUUAUUUUUCAAGAAUUCCACGUAAUUGAAAAUAAAAAAUCUGACCACUUGUCUUUACAAGAUAAAAAGGAGUCGUGGCAAAGAAUUCAUAAUUUGUUUAACUCGACCAACAUAGUAAACAGAGAUUUAGCAUCCAUAAAAGUAAAGUAUGACAACAUUAAAAGAAACUUAAAAAAGACUGUAUCACAAAUAAAAAAAAGUAAACAUCAAACUGGUGGAGAUCCUCCCGCAAAUACAGAAUUAAAUUGGUAUGAAGAACAAUUGUACAAUUUGCUAAGAACUUCAAUCGAUGGCUUACCAUCAGAAGGUGAUUUCGAUAGUGGCAACAACUUCUCAGUGUUUAUCAAAGAAGAAAAUAUUCAAGUCCAGGAAGAUUCUCCUCAGGAUGAAAUAUAUCUAUCAGAAUCAGAAGUACUAGACAGUCAGGAGACAUCUGGGCUCAAAGAUGAAAUGACUCAAAGUAAAGUGGAUAUUAAAAAGCACAAUUUUAAAAAAAGAAAGAGGAUAACAACAACAACCACUGAACUAAGGGAAAGUCUCAAUACAUGUAACAAACUGGCUGAGUCUGAGACAGAAUUGUCAGGAUUACCACAAAGUUGCUAUGAAGCAGAGUUAAAUAAUAAAAAGCAAGAAGAUGAACACAAACAAAUGGAAUGCGAUAAAAAACAAGAAUUACUGGGUUAUGAUCUGUUGAUAAAAAAAGAACAAUAUCAGGAGAACCUGGCUGGUGACAAACCAAUUCCAUAA